GUGUUUUAACUACCCGAUGACGCGGAGUUGGAGUUAACUUGACAACCCCCCGUCCCCGUCCGAAGUUUAAUCAAUAGCGUAGUGUUGUGUGGUUUUUUGGCGAAAAACAUUUGAUAAUUAUGCGAGAGACAUUUCGCAAGCAAUGGCCAAGAAGGGAGGAGUUCAACAGCUCCAGGCGGACAUCAGUUCCGAUGAAGAGUUUGAAAAGUUUCUUCAGCGUCCCGGCCUCCUAGUUUUGGACAUUUAUUCGGAGUGGUGUGGUCCCUGUCUGGGCAUGGUGGGCAGUCUGCGUAAGAUCAAGCUCGAGCUGGGCGGCGAUAAUCUCCAGCUAGCAAUUUGCAAAGCAGGCUCCAUUUCCUAUUUGGAGAGAUUCAAUAAAAAGAGCGAGCCCACCUGGAUGUUUGUGGCGAAUGGCAAAGCCAUCAACAUCAUGUUUGGCACCGAUGUGCCCAAACUCGUGGCCAUGAUCACACGAGAACUGGAGCUAACGAUCGCCAAAGAGCCGCACGAAUGCUUCGAAAUCACCGAACUUCAACCGAUUGAACUGGAACAGUUGAAGAUCAAGAACGAAGCGUUGCAACUGGCCGAAAAGAUCGAACUCGAAGAGAGCAAAAAGAAGCGCAUUGAAUACUUGAAAUACGUAACGGAUACGAUCAUGGAGAAUCUGUCCGAUAUUGGCAUAACAGUUUUUGGGCCGCAAGUUAAUCGCGACAUGUUCAAGAAACUCUCCGAACCCGCUGAUCCCCUCAAAAUACAAUGCAAAGAUCGCAAAGUGUUUGCGAUCACACAAAGCGAUUUCAAUACCGUCAAUUUUUCAGCAGAAAAUCCAUUGGAAAGCGAUGUUAUCCAGCAUCUGUACGAUAAGGAAUUGCUCAUGUGCUUCUGGAAAGUGGAGGAAACAAUGGGAACGCCACCAACGGUGCUCAAUCAAUACGCUCACGAGCUGACGAAGGAGACCAUCAAGCCGCCCGAUGAGUUCAACGAGGAGGAGACAAUACUGCCGCCUCUCAUAGUGCCCAUUGAGGUCAGCAUUCAGGUUAUGGUUGAGGUCGAGCCAGACGAGCCCGUGGAGCCACCUGAAGGAGAAACCGAAGCAGCUGAAACAGCUGCCCCAGCAGAGCAGCUCAUGGAAACGAAACUCAUUAAAAUUCCACCCAUUUGGGUGCCCAGCGAUCAACGCACUCAUGCUGCGCUCAUCUAUACGUAUUUCCGUGCACAAACUGCGACAUUUUUGCCGCCAGAUCCGACGCCGGAGCCACCGCACAUUAUAAUGACAUUUGAUGCGUAUAAGAAGAAGGAUCUCAUGAAUUUGGUAGAUGCCUGUCGAGAGAAUGUCCCGCUCUAUGGUUUCUUUUCUAGUGACAAUCCACAGACUGCCACUUUCAUAGCAAAUUCCGUGGACAAAUAUAAUGCCAAGCCUUAUGUGCCCACGGAUAAGAUUGUCCUGAAGGUUAACAAGGUGGUAGGCGAAACGAUACCAUUGCUAAUGGAAUAUGGUCCCAGCUAUGUGAGUCCCAACUCUGUGGUGGGUUCCAAGGAGGCUUCCAAGUUCUUUCCGCCCAGCUACAAGUCGGCGCAACAAGAAGAAGCCGAACUGCAUGCUGUCAAAGCGGAAAAACCCAAGAAACGCAAAAAGAACAAAAAGGGCGCUGAUGCUGAGGACGAUCAGGGCGCUGCUGGCGGUGCGGACAAUCAGCAGGAAGCCGACGAUGCGGCAAAGACUUCGCCAGAGGAAGGCGCCUCCACAACGAGCAGCGGCGAGGACAGUUGCGAGAGUCGUCCAGCCACAGCUGAUGGCAACAAUUUGUCCACUGAUGCGCCACAAUAAACCUAAGGCUCAACUGUCAUAUUUGUGAAACUCGAAACAAUUCGAAUUUAUUUACAAUACAUAUAAUAAAGUAAUUUGGCAAAUGUGACUUGACUAUUGAAUUUCCAAUUCUCAUUGAUUGAGUAUGGAUAUUCUUAUCACCCCUCUCGGCGAUUCUCAAAUAGUUAACUUCAGAAUGGUGAUCAGAAAUUUAGUUGUUGAAUGUAUUGACUUCAAUUGUCGAAUUAACAGUGCAGAAAAAGUUUGUCCAAUUUAAAAAUCUGUUUUCAAAAAAAUUAUUUAUAUAUAUACACUAAAAUUUAAUUGCUGCAAAAUAUUUCUUGGGAAAUAUUAACAACCAAUUAAUAAUCCAUAUAUAAUUCAAAAUAUUUAAUUGCAUUUCUAAAUUAUUCAAAGCCAGAAAUUCCAGCAUUCAAUAGACAGAUAAUUAAUCUAAAUGUCUGAAUUAUUUUAACGAUGAAUUUUUAUGAAUAUUCCCACAAGCCAAGAGAUAUGAAUAUGAGUUAUGAAGAAUAGAAAAACAAUUAUGAAAUAAUGCAUUACAAAAUUAUAAGUUUGAAAUAUAAGAAACAUAUUAGUUGCAUAUUUUGUACAUCGCAGUCAAUGGAUUUAUUUAAAAGAUUAAUAAUUAAACUUCAAGUAAGUAUUUUGCAAACGAAUCGAAUUAAUUUUUUAUUGCAAAUUAAUUGAAAAUGUUAUAAAUGAUAACCUGGAUUUUCAAUUGGUUUCAAAUAUAAAUUCUACAUUUCAUUGCACUUCAUUUUAUAUAAAUUUCUUAUUAAAUAAGUUUCUUUAUAAAAUAACAAAAGUUUGGUAAAU